UGAAAUUAGAGUGUGACAGCAAUGAAUAUGCGGAUAUUGAGAGUGAUUUUGAUAUUGUUGUGUGGAUUAGGUUUAUGCUCAGCCCAACUGAGUCAGAACUUCUAUGCCAAGGUGUGCCCUGACGUGGAGAAUAUUGUGAAAAAAGCUGUCUCUGCUAAGUUCUCCCAAACAUUCGUCACGGUCCCGCCAACCAUACGUCUCUUCUUCCAUGAUUGCUUCGUUUCGGGGUGUGAUGCGUCGGUGAUAGUGGCUUCGACUGCGGGGAAUAUGGCGGAGAAGGACCACCGCGAUAACUUAUCGCUGGCAGGGGACGGAUUCGAUACGGUGAUCAAAGCGAAAGCUGCAGUGGACGCUGUGUCUAGCUGCAAGAACAAAGUUUCUUGUGCAGAUAUUCUUGCUCUCGCAACACGUGACGCAAUCGUCUUGGCUGGUGGGCCCACUUAUCCAGUGGAACUGGGGAGGCUGGAUGGGCUGAGUUCAACAUCAGCAAGUGUGGAGGGCAAUCUUCCUCAACCAAGUUUCAGUUUGGACCAGCUCAAUAAAAUGUUUGCUUCCAAAUGCCUCUCCCAAACCGACAUGAUUGCUGUCUCAGCGGCACAUACGGUAGGAUUCUCACACUGCAGUAGAUUCGCGAACCGGAUAUACAAUUUCAGUCGACAGAACCCGGUCGACCCGACCCUGGACCCGCAACACGCGACCCAGCUUCAGGGGAUGUGCCCGAAGAACGUGGAUCCGAGAGUGGCCAUCAACAUGGACCUGGCCACUCCUCGGAUCUUCGACAACGCCUACUUCAAGAACCUUGUACAAGGCAAGGGCUUGUUCACAUCUGAUCAGGUUUUGUUCACAGAUUCUAGGUCCAAGAACACAGUUUCUACGUGGGCAUCUGAUCCUCAAUCUUUCAACACGGCUUUCAUCCAAGCCAUCACCAAAUUGGGCAGUCUCACCUCCAAAAAUGGGAAUAUCCGAUUUGAUUGUGGAAAGUUUAAUUGACUUGCUUUAUUGUCUCUUGCAAUAAAAUUGUGCUUCACCAUCGUUAAUAAUAAAGACAUGUAUGCAUGAGUUCAAAAUAGAUCCAGAGUCCCCCAAACAUUGACCUUCAAA